GAAAAAUGUGGGAGAGACUGAAGGCCAUGGAUAACCUCUUACGCUGUGGUAUCUGUUUUGAAUACUUCAAUAUUGCCAUGAUGAUCCCUCACUGUUCGCAUAAUUGUUGACGAAUGCCUGGAACGCAUUGCCAGAAAAGGUUUUGGAAGCGGACACAAUAGCAGUAUUUAAGAAGAACCUGGAUGAAUACAUGAAUAGGAAGGGAAUAGAGGGAUAUGGAUCCUAUUGCUCCCUUUGUGUGCGGAAAUUCUUAUCGUACAAAACCCAGUGCCCAAUCUGUUGUGUGCCUGUGACAGAACCAGAGCUACGCAAUAACAGAAUAUUGGAUGAAGUGGUGAAAUGUUUCCGAUCUGCAAGAGAUCUGGCAAAGUGCAAUUUGGAGUCUCCUCCAACCUCACCUCAGGCCACACGCGCAGACGGAUCGGACAAGAACGUUUUGAGUAGUUCCAAAACUCAUGCUAAGAUGAAGCUGGAGACGGUGAUUAUGGAUAAAUUUUUAUCUCGGAGUCCUUCUGUCACCACCAUGAGACCAUUAGGGGAACAGUCUAUGGAGAAGCAAUGCAGUGUGGAAGAGACUAGCACUUGUGCCAAGCCAAUCACUGCUGCAUCUAAUCGCUUGGGAGACCGAAGGCACAGGAGCACUGAUGUUGCAGAACAACCUUCAACGUCACGGGAAAUAGUGAAAGUGAAUUGCCCAGUCUGUGCAGUUGCUAUACCUGAAAACAACAUAAAUAAGCACCUUGAUGGCUGCUUAAUAAGAGAAGAGAAGAAAGAAAGUCUUCGAAGUUCUGUGAACCAAAGGAAGCUGCUGCCUAAACUAGUGUAUAAUCUGCUUUCUGAGCGAGAUUUGCGGAAGAAGUUAAAGGAAUGUGGACUGUCAACUCAGGGCAAUAAAGCACAGAUGGUUAAACGACACCAGACAUAUGUGCAGAUAUACAACUCGCAGUGUGACUCCUUAAACCCUAGACCAGCCUCUGAGAUUGCUAGAGAAAUUGAAAGGAAUGAGAAGACCCAAGCUCAGCUUGAAAGUAAAGCAAGUGAAAAUAUAAUGAAAUUCACAAAGGACCAGUCAGAAGAUGAAAUUGAUGCAGUUCAUAAAGAAUAUCGUAUAAAACAUCGCAAGGAGUUUCAACAACUGGUGGCCGAGGUGAGGAACAGGUGGAAGACAAAGGGGACAAAAAUGAAGAAAGACGACAAGGAUGUUGAAGAACAGUGUCCAACCGUCUCAGGAGAGGAUGUUAAGGAGUGCCAGGACAUGGACUGUAGUGCAGAAGAGCUGCAUCAGGAUGACCCCCAUUUAUCAGAGAGCACAGGCAUGCUUGCUGCACCUACUCCUUUGAAAGACGAGCAUUGUUCAUCUGAUGUGGUCCCGGCUUCACCCCUGUCAAUAAUCAGCUCCAUCUCUGAUAUAUGUUCAGAUCCUGAGUAUUCCCAGGAAUUUGCAGACUUGCCAAACAUGGAAUUGUCAAAUGCCAAGACACAGAAAAGGAAAACGAGAGGCGUACCCAGGAAAAUGAGAUCUGAAAAUAAACGGUCAAAGAAGUGAGCAUUCCAUCACGAAGCGUGACCCAUGUUUCCAACGAGAAACUAGGAGUCUCAAUCAUAUGCCCAAAAAAAAGCGUAGUUUUAACCCAGAAUAUUCAAAAAUUCCAAAAUAAAGAUUCAGCUCUUUGAACCGACUGUUAUAUAAAUAACCUUCAGAGUUUAUUUUUAAAUAUUGUAGAAGGAUUGAGGAAUAUACUUAAAGCGGACAUGCCAGACAGUUCACUGAAGGCUGAACAGUUGAAAUUUAUCUGUAAUUUUAAUAUAAAUAUCCAAGAGGAUGGAAUACAACUGGCAUGACUGGAAUCAGGGCUUAGAAUAUGAAAUAUCUGCAGUGAAAUGGAAUGUUUCAAUGAGGCUAUAACCAAGAAUAAUGCACUUAACUAACUGCCUGUUUUCUUAUAUCAAUCAGCAGCUCAUUGCUCACUAAUUAUUGAUAUGUAUAAGGCAUAGAUUGUGGGUAGGACCCAUCUUUUGCAUAGCCUUUUCAGAGCUUCAGCGCACUGUUGCUGCCCCUGUCUCUCUUCUCUGUAUCUGUCCUGUUUUACUUACACUGUCCACUGUAGCAAGACCAUAGCUGCAGUUAAGGAAGGUGGAAAUCAGUUGCGUUCACCUUCCCUGCAUGCUAAGUGCAUUCGUUGUGGAUAGUAGGCAGGAAACUGUACCAGAUUUCCAACCUCCCCUCCUCCUACAGCAUGUUUAAAAAUACCACUGUGCCAUUGUUGAGUGAGGUGCACGAAUGGUGCUGUUGCUGUUGAUUUGCAAACCUGACACAGGCCAAUAUCUUCAAAAGAAAAUUGGACCAGCAACCACCAACUUCUUAAGAGGGACAUUUUUAUUUUGCUGUCUCCUUCUUUCACAGCUCGACAGAUCAUUGGAUUAAUUAAAAGAUUUUCUUUUAUACAUUCGUAAAACAUCAGAGACCCUUGAACUAAACUUCUUUAUCUGAAUGUGCAGUUCCCACCUUAGAUCUAUCUUCAGAAAAUGAAGAUAGACUAAUGAGUCACAGUUCAGCCCUAAAGUGUAGCAGUUCUGUCUGUACUUUCAUCAUUUCUUAAUGAAUUCCAAUCGUGGACUGUAUAUUUUAUGGAGAGCUUCUAAAGAUUCAGUCUCACCCCCGCCAAACAAUCCCUUUUGUUCUGAUGAGCUAAGGUCCCAUCUCUGUGAUUAUGUGAUUUUCUCAUUGGGUGAAGCCUCACAUCAGAUAUAGUUGAGUUUUUUUUAAAUGAAAAUGAAGGGAGCAUCAGUUGUUCAGCACGAAUCUGACUGAAGCAUAUAGGAAUGGUUGUACCCUGUGCAAGGCAUUUUGGUGACAAUGUUGCCUGACUUUCUCGCAGCUCAGGAGACUAUCCCUUCCUCCCAUCCAUAUCCAUACUAAAUUAAAAGCCAUGGUUUCAUUACUUAAAUGUAGAGAAGAGUUGGCUUUUAUAAUAAUUGGAAAACAAUAAACACAAGAUUAAUGCAUUGGUCAGUGUGUUGUGUUCCAUUGUUGUCACUAGGCUUACUGCUCUUGAUACCCAAUGAGAAAAGUUGCACUAAACUCCAAAAUGUUUUAGUGUGCAAGACCCAGUACACCAUUUUCAGUCACUCCUCUUAAUGCCACCAUCACCCGUAAUUACCAGUACUUUACCUGAGCAUGAUACCACUCCGAAUGCUCUCUUCAAACAUUUCCCCAGACAGAAAUGAUGGAUUUUUUUUAACAAGAUUGUUGUCAGUCCAUAAUUCAAGUGGAGAUGUGAUGAAAGCUUCAUAUGACAUCAGCUAGCAGAGAGAUUUCUAUUUCAGACCAUUGUCAAGAGUAUUAAAAUCGAAUUAGUUUGAAAUGUAGCACAUCCAGGGAUUUUGUUUACCAGAGCUGCAAGAAACAAUCUUGGCACUUUCACAAUCAUCAUUUGUUUAAAACUGAACCAAAGGAAACCUGCACAUAUUGAUACAGUCUCAAUUGCUGCUUUGGCCAAUAUUCUUCCCUCAUAGUUGAAGUGUUAUUCAGGCAAAAGUAUUCAGUGAGGGAGGAUAAGGAAAGUAUAUGUAAUUGUACAACCCAAAAGAUUGAGUUUGUUUGCUAUAGUUCGUGAAGACGUUUUAAAUAGACUUUACUCAAUGAACACACAAAUUUUUUUGUAUGUAAAGUAGACUCUUAACCCUUACCAUAAGUUUUACCUGUAAAUUGUAUUUAUAAGCAAUGCUUCUCAUUCUUUGAUAAACAUUCCAGCUGCUCUCUAGAUGUUGCACAACCCGCAAUAGCCUGUAAUGUACUCCCUACAAUGGCAUAGCAUUCAGGCUUGUUCAUCUUUUAUUUACUUUGCUCCCAGGGAUGUUAGUCAGUGCUACACCGCCUGUGUGUAAAAUCAGAAGCAUGUGUUGGUAAUAGGAAUAUAAUUUGUGCACUUAUCUCUGUAUAAUAACUCUU